UCUGCUAGGGUUACGGGAGUCGCAGCUGCUUCUUCUCUUUUUCAACCUCGACUCGAUCGGAAACUCGCCGCUGAUACGAGUCAACUCGUUUUCUCGUCGUAGCUUCUAAUGGCUAUGGAGGUGACUCAAAUUCUUCUAAAUGCACAAUCAAUUGAUAGUUCUGUUCGCAAACAGGCAGAAGAAAAUAUAAAACAAUUCCAGGAGCAAAACCUCCCAGCUUUCUUGGUUUCCCUUGCUGGGGAAUUGGCCAACAAUGACAAGCCGGUAGAGAGUCGCAAAUUAGCAGGCUUGAUCCUCAAAAAUGCGUUGGAUGCCAAAGAACAGCACCGCAAGUUUGAGCUUGUACAAAGAUGGUUGACAUUGGAUGCCUCUGCAAAAGCCCAGAUCAAAGCUUUCUUGUUACAAACCCUUUCAUCUACUGCUCAUGAUGCUCGAUCUACUGCAUCACAAGUUAUAGCAAAGGUAGCAGGAAUUGAUUUGCCUAAUAAACAGUGGCCUGAGCUCUUAGGGGUUCUCUUGUCGAAUAUUCAUCAGCUUCCAGCUCAUACCAAGCAGGCCACGCUUGAAACUCUUGGGUAUAUAUGUGAAGAAGUUUCCCCAGAUGUGGUGGAGCAGGACCAUGUAAAUAAGAUACUCACAGCUGUUGUCCAAGGUAUGAACUCUUCUGAGGCUAAUAAUGAUGUCAGGCUUGCUGCUACACGAGCAUUAUGUAAUGCUCUUGGUUUUGCUCAGUUAAAUUUUUCCAAUGAUAUGGAACGCGACUACAUCAUGCGAGUAGUGUGUGAGGCUACUCUUUCUCCGGACUUGAAGAUUCGACAGGCAGCUUUUGAGUGUUUGGUUGCAAUAUCUUCAACCUACUAUGAAAAAUUGGCUCCCUAUAUGAAAGACAUUUUCAACAUCACUGCGAAGGCUGUGAAAGAAGAUGAGGAGCCCGUUGCUCUUCAAGCCAUUGAGUUUUGGAGUUCAAUUUGUGAUGAAGAGAUAGAUAUAUUGGAAGAAUAUGGCGGGGAUUUUAGUGGGGAUUCUGAUAUUCCUUGUUUUUACUUCAUCAAGCAGGCCCUCCCUGUUCUUGUUCCAAUGUUAUUGGAGACCUUAUUGAAGCAAGAGGAGGAUCAAGAUCAAGAUGAAGGGGUUUGGAAUAUUGCAAUGGCUGGGGGCACAUGCUUGGGAUUGGUAGCACGGACUGUUGGAGAUGAUAUUGUCCCACUUGUGAUGCCUUUCAUUGAAGAAAAUAUUACAAAACCUGAUUGGAGACAGAGAGAAGCAGCCACUUAUGCAUUUGGUUCUAUCUUGGAAGGUCCCUCACCUGACAAGCUCAUACCUGUUGUUAACACUGCUCUGAACUUCAUGCUUAAUGCUUUAUUGAAAGAUCCAAAUAACCAUGUGAAGGACACUACUGCAUGGACGCUUGGAAGAAUGUUCGAGUUUCUGCAUGGGUCAGCUCUGGACACACCCAUUAUUACUCCAGAGAAUUGCCAACGGAUUGUUACUGUUCUGCUUCAGAGCAUGAAAGAUGUUCCAAACGUUGCUGAGAAAGCCUGUGGUGCUCUGUAUUUCCUAGCCCAAGGGUACGAAGAUGGAGGAUCAUCAUCUUCAUCUCUCGCUUCCUUCUUCAAAGAGAUCAUUCAGACUCUACUUACAGUCACACACCGACAAGAUGCUGGGGAGUCACGUCUCAGAACUGCAGCAUACGAGACUAUAAAUGAAGUUGUAAGGUGUUCUACUGAUGAGACAGCUCCAAUGGUGAUGGAACUCGUUCCACAUAUUAUGAUGGAGCUUCACCAGACUCUUGAGGGACAGAGGCUUUCAUCUGAUGAAAGGGAGAAGCAAAAUGAAUUACAAGGUCUUCUCUGUGGUUGCUUGAUGGUUAUUAUACAGAAACUAGGUUCAUCUGAGCAGACAAAAUUUGUCUUCAUGCAGUUUGCUGAUCAAAUGAUGUCCCUUUUCCUUAGAGUGUUUGCUUCCCCUAGUGCCACUGCACAUGAAGAGGCCAUGCUGGCAAUUGGAGCUUUAGCCUAUGCAACUGGCUCUGAUUUUAUAAAAUACAUGCAAGAGUUCUACAGGUAUUUGGAAAUGGGUCUCCAAAAUUUUGAGGAUUACCAGGUUUGUGCUAUCACUGUUGGUGUGGUAGGGGAUCUAUGCAGGGCUCUUGAGGACAAGAUUUUGCCUUAUUGUGAUGGAAUAAUGACCCAACUUCUCAAGAAUUUGUCAAGCAAUCAGCUACACCGAUCUGUGAAGCCUCCCAUCUUUUCCUGUUUUGGGGAUAUUGCUUUAGCAAUUGGGGAGUAUUUUGAAAAGUACUUGGUAUAUGCUAUGCCCAUGCUUCAGGGUGCAGCAGAGUUAUCAGUCCACAUAACAGGUGCUGAUGAUGAUAUGACAGAAUACACCAAUUCUCUGAGAAAUGGAAUAUUGGAGGCAUACUCUGGGAUCUUUCAAGGGUUUAAGGGAUCUCCUAAGACACAGCUGUUGAUGCCAUAUGCACCCCACAUCCUGCGGUUCCUAGAUAGCUUAUACAUGGAAAAAGACAUGGAUGAAGCAGUAACUAAGACAGCAAUUGGAGUCCUUGGAGAUUUAGCUGAUACACUUGGUACCAGUGCAGGACCUUUGCUUCAGCAAUCUGUGUCAAGCAAAGAGUUUUUAAUGGAAUGUUUGUCAUCAGAUGAUCCUUUAGUCAAGGAAUCUGCAGAAUGGUCUAAGUUGGCAAUAAGCCAAGCCACUUCUUUUUGAGGCCAUCGUUACUCAUGUACGUAGUCUUGCAUGCAUUUGGGUGUGUCGAGUUGGGUCUGGAAAUGCAUAUCAUGAGUCAGGUCAUCGCCGUUUUGGGUGCAGAUGUUUGGUCGGUCUGCUGCCAGUAUUUUGCAUCAGCAGCAUCGAGUCUUUCCUUAAUUAUUUAGAUUUCAUUGUUUAUGGUGGCAUGGAGGAGGAAGUUGGUGGUGAUGACCUGCACAGCCGUCUGCUGACUUGGCAGAAAUGGAUGAAAGAGGUGCAUAGAGAUGAGGAGGAAUUAGUUUGGGGGAUGAGAUAAGGGAGAUCCCCAGUCACACCCUGCUCAUGUUUCAAACAGGGUUGGUGAAGAGCAAAUUUUGAGUGGUGGUGGAUGCAAUAGCCGCGGUUGGUCAUACUCCUCCUGCCUCAGUUUUUUUUUUUCUUCAUCUUUGGCUGGUCGUCUUAUAUUUUGAUUUGAUCACAUCACCAGAAUCCGGUGUCCAAAAAGUAUCAUUGCACGGGUUACAUUACUUUGUCAAUUGUCAUUAUAAUUGUCAUAGAGUCUGGUCUUCAUAUUUGCACUCAUUCUGUAUACUUUGUCAUUUUAUGUGGGAUUGGCGGCAACCACAUAAUAUGAGGCAUAUUCAUAUCAUACAUUUUGUCAUGUCUUAUUAUUAUUAUUAUUGGUAUUAUGUACUUGGUUGAUUUAUUUACUCAGUACAUCCAAAAUAUC